AUGAAGGCAAUGAAGAGAGCUCUCUCUGCAAAAAGAGAUUCUUAUCCAACAAAAGUAUUAACACAUACGUUAACAACGUCGAAAGUAGCCUACUUUAAGAGAAAAUAUGCAGAAGAAGAAGAUUUACAUCAAGAUUACCAUGGGUAUUUUCCAAAACACCUGAUACUGCCUGAGGACAGGACUUGCAUUCUCAAACUUUCUCUAGAGAAGCUCAGAUUUCUUGAAGACCCAGAAACCUACUUAAGAAGGGAGACCCUAUUCAGACCUGCUCUGCUGACUCCAUCCUGCAUGAUCUAUUAUGGGAGAUGCAAAGACUAUAUGGUCCCUGAAUACAGACAUCACAUAUUUAUCUUCCCUGAAGUGCUCAAUUUGCUUUCAUUCAACAAGUGCUGUGCUGAAUGA